AGGAAGUUUGGCCUCGGCUGAUUCCGUAAAGGAGGAAGAGGCCCGGGAGCGGCUGCGGCGAUGGAUGUUACCCAGCCCAAGCAGGAGCAUCUCUUGGCCCUGAAAGGUCCUGUUUUCUUCUGAACUGCACAGCACAUGGCAUGAAAAGAUUCUUUUAAGUGAUUAUAUCAUUAGUGAUGAAGCUGCUGUCCAAGAAACAUUUAAAAUAAGAACAUGUGGAUUCCUGUUGUACAAGCAUGGAGGUGAUUCUGCACUAUCGAGCGUGGCAAAGGGACCCUGCAGCAUUGCAAAGAAUCGCAGAAGAGGCACUGAAAGAAUUUCCUGUUAGGAAGCUCCCAAGUUUCAUACCCUGGUUUCCAAAUGACUUGCGUCAACUUCCCCUUAAACCUAAAAGAAUCGCUCCAGUUAUUUCUGGUGAAGAAGUAGAGCAAAUGAAACAACAUAUUGCAGCCAUAGAAACGGCUUGCAGCUCCCCAUCUUAUGACUGUACAGCAGGGCUUAAGGAAUUUCAUCCUGAUGUAAAAGCUGGGAAGUGUUUGCAAGCUGAGCAUGAAAGAAACAAUUUUAGCAAUUUGGAAAAGCAAACAGCAAGCAGCAAUCAGAAGCUGAGAAGGUCUUGGAGUGUGUCUCUUCCCAACGCCAAGCUCAAAGACAGGAUUCUUCCUUUAUCUAGAGAACUGCAGAGCACUUUAGACAAAUUAAAGCUCCAUGCAUUCUAUAGAGCCCAGUGGAUAAUUGAACCAUCUACAUUUGGUAGUCAAACAUUGGAGGACAUUUGGGUAAAGCUCAACAAGAUGAUCAAACACAAUGAACUGCCGUCUUGUAAUGCUACGAUCCAGAGAUGUGAAGGGCAGAUUUCAGUUUUUUGUGACAUACUAUACUGUGAAUAUGUUGCCAACAACCUUAGAGAAAAAUUAAACCUUUUGGGGAAAAUAAAUUUGUUUGUUCACAAAUAUGGAAUCAUACAUAGUCUGUAGCUUUAUAACAAGGCUUUCUGUGAAAUGUUAUAUUUUAAAUACACUUUGUUGCCUUACAAUGUUUUUGAAAAAAAUCUGUGGGGGGGCAGAAGGGGAGUAAUUAGCUUAUCCUGGACAUUUUCCGUUUUAUUUAAAUUAGAAGCCCUCCUUGUAUAUUUCUUUGCUCACGUAAAAAGAACUCAUGCUUCUGAGCUAUAGUAAGUCAUGUUCUCUAUAUAUGUACCCUUUGAUUAGAGGAUUGACUUUUUUCAGAGUAUAGAUUCAUUGAAAAUUAGAGGAAAAAGCAGGACAUCUCAAGCAAACUGAUCUCUACAAGAUUGGAUUAUGCUUUGUUUUAAGUUCUCAAAAAGUCUGUGACUACUUAAGAAGAUGUCCCUUGUAAAAUGAAUGCCCCUUGUAAGCCUGACGCAAUGAAUGAAAUGACCUUCCACAUUUGUUUGGAAUGAUUUGUCUAAAAUUAAUGAACAAUAAAAAGAAAGGCUGCUGUGUUGGAGUAA